UCUUCUCAAUAAUAUAAACAAAUCCAAAUGUAUCUGUUAACCUAGUAGGGAUUGGUAUGGUAUACUUGACUUUUGCCCCUAAAAUAACUUCCUGAACAAACUGUAAAGUAGGACUACAACUUUUGUUUUGGAGGACUACAACAGGAAGUUCAGUAGAACUAUAACCCCCAUUAUCCACCAUGGUUUUACCGCAGCCAGACAAGCGCCAUGUGUGCCUGACCACAAUGGUGGUCAUGACCAGCAUGGCCUUUAUGGAUGCCUACCUAGUAGAGCAGAACCAAGGGCCCAGGAAGAUCGGGGUGUGCAUAAUCGUGCUGGUGGGAGACAUCUGUUUCCUCAUCGUGCUGCGCUAUGUGGCAGUUUGGGUCGGGGCCGAGGUGAAAACUGCCAAGCGUGGCUAUGCUAUGAUCCUCUGGUUCCUCUACAUCUUCGUCCUGGAGAUCAAACUCUACUUCGUCUUCCAGAACUACAAGGCGGACAGGAAGAGCCUGGAGACGGUGGCCCGCAAGGCUCUAACCUUACUCCUCUCUGUGUGCGUCCCGGGGCUGUACCUGGUCCUUGUUGCUCUGGACAGCAUGGAGUAUGUGAGAACCUUCCGGAAGAAGGAGGACAUGCGGGGGAGGCUGUUCUGGGUGGCCCUGGACCUGCUGGAUGUUCUGGACAUCCAGGCCAACCUGUGGGAGCCCCAGCGGACGGGCCUACCCAUCUGGGCCGAGGGACUGAUGUUCUUCUACUGCUACAUCCUCCUCCUUAUCCUGCCCUGUGUCUCCCUGUCUGAGAUCAGUGUCCAGGGGGAGCACGUCUCGCCCCAGAAGAUGAUGCUGUACCCUGUUCUUAGUCUUGUUACCAUAAACAUAGUGACAAUCAUGAUCCGUGGGGUCAACAUGGUGCUGUUCCAGGAUAGUAGGGUUUCCACAAUCUUCAUAGGGAAGAACGUGGUGGCCAUAGCCACGAAGGCCUGUACGUUUCUGGAGUACAGGAGGCAGGUGAAGGAGUUCCCUCCACAGGACCCUAGCAUGGCAGGUAUAGCAUUAGAGCUGCAGCAAGGGAACUCUGUGGGUCACAACCACGGGCACAACCAGACCUUGCCCAAUGCCACCACUAGCCUCCCUGACGAACCCUCACCGACCGAGGUCAUAGACACAUGACCCUUGCCCAUGGAUAGUUACAUCCCUUUCACACUGUAAUGCCGAGCGGAUCCAUACUGUGAUGACUUGGGUUUUUUCUUUCACACUGUAAUACCGAGCGGAUCCAUACUGUGAUGACUUGGGUAUUUUCUUUCACACUGUGCUU